CGGGAUGGAGGAGCAACUUGCUCUGUUCAAUGUCGCGCCCUGAGGACCGGACUGUGUACUCACAGUGGGCAGGGGCUCUUCACUUCACGGGUGGAGGACGAGGACGAGGAGGAGGCCUUGCCGCGCUUCCCCGAGCGACGGACGAGCGAGCGCUGUGCGAGUGGAUCCGAGUGCCAGAGCGGGGAGGGAUCGAACGAGAUCGGCAGGCGUGCAGGUCCCAAGAAGAGUCGAGAUGAAGUUCAACGUGUGUGGUGGAUUAGAUGCCCCCGACUGGAUUCUGGCUAAUAUGUCCACCUUAUCUAAAAUUGUGGUCAACGAGGGACAGUUUUCUCUGCGAAAGAUCCUACGCGGGCGAGAUUGGAUGGUCUAGCUCUUUGGAAUGGCGUUGUUGCACAUGAACCGCGAUCAGCUUGCUGAUCAGGUUUUCCAAAAGCAAAAAUUGAUACCCCCUCUUUGUAAUUUGACAGUCGUCCGUGAGAAUCAAGGUGCUGGCCAAGCAUAUCAUUGAUCGAAUGCUGGAAGGAGUUUUCGAUUACGAGAAGGUGCUGAAGCUGUCCAAAGAUUCCUCGCUGGGGGAAUCCGAGGUUAAAGCAUGCAUAGCAGUUCUGCAUUUUUUCGUCGCGAAUGCUGCGAAGUUCGACGUCGAUGAUUCCACGUUGUCGAAGGAGCUGCAACAACUUGGACUACCAAAAGAGCAUAGCGAUGCUUUGUGCACACCUUAUCUUCAAAACAAGGACUCUCUACAAGCUAAAUUUUUGGAGCAAGCUUUGCGGAUACCAGCUUUGCAGAUUGGAGGAUGGCAAGUGCAAGUGGGCGAAUCAAAAAACGUGAUCAUGAGAUUGACUACAACGAAUAGCGUGGAUCAAAAGGAAGAGACCUCCCAAAAGUUGCAGCUUUGUUUAACUGCAGAGAAGUUCCAUCUUCUGCUUCAUGAACUGAAGACGGCCAAAACUCUUCUCGAAGAAAUUUCGUAGUUACUCCGAAGCGAAGGAUCAAUUCAUUUCCCAUUUCGCUUAGCAACUUUCGGAAACCCGAUGGCAAUUCGAUUUCUGUAAAUAUCUUGUCAGCAAAGUUUAUAGCAUGAGUGAUCCAAGCGUGUAUAGGAUCGUUAAGCAGAGAUGUAUUUUGAUAUUGUUGACCACGAAGAAGGUGGAAGUCAUCAGCAGGAAAUCCUUGCAUCUGCCUUUCUAUUGUCCCUCUAGUGUAGUUUGGAAUUGGAUGGCCUUUUAACUGGUGGACGAGCUAGUGAGAAGUUUCUUGGUUGGUUCAAAGAGACUAACCUCAUCUAAGGAGACAUAUUCCACAAUAAGUGAGGCCCAAAGAUCCUCAUUCACAAUCAGUCCUCUUUGUUCUCCCUCUAUUACUUCAUCCCGUCUCCCUUGUAUAUCUGCCUCGUCUUUGCGUUGCAACGAAGCGAUUCAACGAAAUUGACUAAACCAACUCAAAUGCAGGAAUUAUACACAUAUAUUCAGAUUGGAAUGGAAUGGAAUGGAAGACUUGAACACGG